AGUUAAAGUCAACAUGGCUGCCGUCAGGGGAACACGAUUUGUUCUGCAAUGCAAGGUCGUUUGUAAAAAUUCAUCGACUCACUGUGAUACUGGCAAAGUUUAUUAUAGAUUGCUACACAUUUCUCGCAAAACAUCUUUACAAAGCAUAUGCAAGAACCGAUUAAGCAAAGAACUAUUACAGCCUUGGUCAUGUGACUACCUAUGUGCUCCUUGUAGUGUCUUCAACUUUCAUACCUCAUCAAAUGCUAAAAAAAGAGAUUACUAUGAAGUUCUUGGGGUCCCCAAAAAUGCUGACGCCGCCACUAUAAAAAAGGCUUAUUAUAAGUUAGCCAAACAGUAUCAUCCCGACACAAACAAUAAAGAUCCUGAUGGUGCCAAAAAAUUUCAAGAAGUUUCUGAAGCUUAUGAGGUACUCAGUGAUGAAAGCAAACGAAGAGAUUACGAUACAUUUGGAAUGGGUGGAAGUCAGCGAACAGCAGGCUUUAAAGGCCAGCAACAAGGCUUCUCUGGCUUUGAGAAUUUCCAAAGCCAAAUGGACCCAGAAGAACUAUUUAGAAAGAUAUUUGGUAAUGCUGGAUUUGGAGGCUUUGGAUUUUCAAAUCAAGAUUUUGAAGAGUCUAUGUCUGGAUUUGCUCCAGCCACAGAGAUAAUGAUGGACCUAACUUUUCAAGAAGCAGCUCGUGGUGUUAACAAGGAAAUCAGUUUAAAUAUCAAGGACACUUGUCCAAAGUGUGGAGGCAGUGGUUCUGAAAGGGGUUCUUCGCCUACCAAAUGUCCCCAGUGUAAUGGAACUGGAAUGGAAACUAUUUCAACUGGACCAUUUAUAAUGCGAUCGACAUGUAGAGGAUGUCAAGGGAAACGAGUAGUUAAUAAAUAUCCUUGUACAGAAUGUAAUGGCAAAGGAAAGGUUAUUGCACGCAAGCGUGUCAUUGUUCCAGUACCUGCUGGUGUAGAAGAUGGUCAGACUGUUCGUAUGCCAGUCAAUGGCCAGGAAGUUUAUAUCACAUUUAAGGUUCAGAAGAGUCGGAUAUUUAGGAGAGAAGGGGCAGAUGUCCACAGUGAUGUGACAAUCAGUUUGUCUCAAGCUAUACUUGGAGGCACCAUCAGAAUUCCUGGAAUAUAUGAUGAUAUACUUCUUAGCAUUCCUGCUGGCACAUCUUCUCAUCACCGCCUUAGACUUGCAGGAAAAGGAAUAAGUCGUGUCAACAGUUAUGGCCAUGGUGAUCAUUAUGUUCAUAUAAAGAUCAAAGUUCCUGUAAAUUUAACUGAAGAGCAAAGGCUUCUUAUCCAAGCAUUUGCUUCAACUGAAAAAGAUGUGGAAGGAACUGUGGAUGGAAUGGCUCAAACAAAAAAAGGGUUGCAAAUCAUUGAUGACCCUGAAGGUAAAAUUGCACAGAUUCUUGAACUUCUAAAAAAGAGUGCCAUAAAAAAUAAAAGUGUGGAGUCAGCUGGCAGUGAAGAAAGUGAAACUAAAAGUCAAGCAAUGAGCAAAAACACGUGAUCGUUUUUAAAAAAGCCUUUUUUUUUUCUAGAACUUAAUGUUACAACCAACACAGUUUGAUAGAGGACUAAUUAUUUGCUCCAGAAUAAAUUGAUUGAUUGUGUUUUUUCACUGGCUUUGCCAUGAAUAUUGUUACUGGGUACUGUAUAAAUCAUACUAACUGUUUAUUCAAUGCUUCCACAAAAGAAGUGUUUACAGAUUUGAUUUUAUUGAGAUAUUGUUGAGGCACAAUAUUGUCCCUAAUUUAUCCUGCAGAUAUUAUUCUAUAACGUUAUUUCAGUUGAAUAGUCUAUAACACAUUUAACAUUCAUUGAGCUGGUUUAAUGUCACAGACAUGCUCUAGGAGAAUUGUUUGUUAUUCUAGUUCAGCUAACAGAUUAGGUCUAUCUGAAUGUGAUAUGCAACAGACAGUUACGAACUAGAAAGUAAUUGUGCUGUUUCCCAUCAAUGUGAUUUAUCUUGUGCUAUUUUAUUGGCAUUUCACUAGGAUUGGUAUUUACCUAUUGAUUUAGUAUGUGUAUAAAGAGUCAUUACUAAGAAUGAUGAAAAAAAUCUGUUCAUUUGUUGUAUAUGUGUAUGUAAAGCAAUUAACUCUGUGCGCAAGUGGAACUGUACUAGGAAAUGUAGACUUCAGGUUACAACAGAAAUAAAACUAUUUAUAAUUUUAAAAA